GAGAGAGAGAGAGAGAGAGAGAGAGGGGAGAUACCUAGUUUAAGUACCCCGCGAUUUUGCGAUCUGGGUUUUCAGUAUUGUCUGGGGUGCAUUCUUGAAACUUGGGGCUUUUUUUUAUUGCCUGAGGGGAGGGGAUUGCAUGAAUCUUUUUUCUUUCUUCUUCUUCUUUUGUUGUACUGGCCUUGGAGCCUGACAGGGAACGCUUGUUGCGUCUGCAUCGUCCGAUAUCCGACACCAAACUACCUGAGCGGGCAGGGAAAGUGGUGGGAUAAUUUCUCUUUGAUUCACUACAACGAACGAACGAACGACGACGACGACGACGACGGGGAAUUCACGACGAACGAGCGAACGAAGGAACGAAUUGAUUUAGGUAGCCCCGCUGCUGACGACGGUGAAUAUUGGGAGCGAUUGUUCACCUACUGCUUGCUUGCUCGGAGCCCCAACCCGCAAAACCGAGGCUCCAACAACCUCAAGGAUAGCUCUGUUUGCUGCGUCUUUUCCCCGCCAGGUGCGAGAGAAAUACGGACGAAUUGCGAGGACGUAUCUACCCCUCCAAUAAAAUCCAUUUAUUUCAGUCCCAUCGCCCAGUAUCGAGACCCCGCGGAGGAUUGAGGGCGCGGGGAUAUGACCAUCAGGGUACCGACGCCCUUCUCUUACCUCUUACCGCCGGUUCCUGCUGCUGCUGGUGGAGGAGGAAUACCACACAACGACAACUAUUACAAUUGAGGAAAAGGGCACAAGGAGGGUUUGGGAGAGUGACAGCACCAGCCAGGCAUGGCACCACCACCACCACCACCGCCGCCGAUAGGAACCUCUGGUUCGGACAGGGCGGCGGCGGCAUAUCAUCAAGGCGGUGGGAAUGGGGGGAAGCUACAGCAACAGCAACAACAGCAGGCGGUGGUGGGCAGCAGCAAGACACCGGGGACGCCGAGGAGGGAGCAGAGUUAUCGGUUGGAGAAGCCGGUGCAGGAUCCGGGGUUGAAGGAUUAUAGACUAGGAGACUGCAUCGGAAAGGGAGCUUUCGGAUCUGUCUACAAGGCCUUUAAUUGGGGGACCGGGGAGGCGGUGGCUGUUAAGCAGAUCAAGCUGGUGGAUGUGCCGAAGAGUGAGCUGCGUAUGGUUGAGGUUGAAAUCGAUUUGUUGAAGAAUCUCAAUCAUCCGAAUAUCGUCAAGUAUGUCGGGUUUGUCAAGACGGCCGAGUGCUUGAAUAUCAUCCUUGAGUACUGCGAAAAUGGAUCACUGCAUUCGAUUUGCAAGGCGUACGGAAAGUUUCCCGAGAACUUGGUGGGCGUGUACAUGGCUCAGGUCCUACAGGGCUUGCAGUAUCUGCACGACCAGGGUGUGAUUCACAGGGACAUCAAGGGGGCGAAUAUACUGACGACCAAGGAUGGGACGGUCAAGCUGGCCGACUUUGGCGUUUCGACGAGCCAGUUCAUGACGGGGAACGACAAGGAGGCUCAGGUGGUGGGGACCCCGUACUGGAUGGCGCCAGAGAUUAUUCAGCUGUCGGGUGCGACGUCGGCGAGCGAUAUCUGGAGCGUCGGGUGUACGGUUAUUGAGCUGCUGCAGGGGAAGCCGCCGUAUCAUAACUUGGCGGCUAUGCCGGCGCUGUUUGCCAUUGUUAAUGAUGAUCACCCUCCUUUGCCUGAGGGGGUGUCUCCGGUUGCGAGGGACUUUCUUAUGGCUUGUUUUCAGAAAGAUCCGAAUCUGAGGGUUACGGCGAAGAAGCUGAUGAAGCACCCGUGGAUUAUUGGGUGCAGGAGGACGGACGCUCCGGUGUCGAGACCACCUGCCAACUUCAACCAGGCGGUUGAGGAGGUUAAGCAGUGGAAUAAGGCUCUCAGGUCUUCGGAGCACAACAUGAGAGUCUCGAUUGGGUCUGAUCAGAGCAACGGCCCGAUCAGCCAGCGGCCGAACCUGGCUACGAACAUCAGGGGCCCCUUGACGCUGGUGACGAAGCAGAGACCUACUCCCGAUGCGUUCAGAUCACCAGAGGUACCCGACGACGACAACUGGGACAACGACUUUGCGUCUGCUAUCUCGCCCACGGCUCUUCACCUCCCGCAUAUCAAGGGGCAGGAUAACUUUGGGGGGUUGUUGUCCAGCGACCGGCUCAAGGCGUUUGCUUCUAUUGACAGCCACCAGGACUCGGAAAACUGGGAUGAUAACUUUGAGGGGGAGCUGCUGACGAUCAAAGGGCCAAAGCACUGGUCUGAGAGCUUUGAUGCGCAGGAGCAGACGAUACGGCCACGGCCGAAGAAGAGCAGUGACCGGUUGAGUGAGAAGCAUAGGAGGCAGAGGAGCAGGGAUAGCAGGGUGUCAAAGUCACCGACGAAGCAGCAGUUGUUGGGGAACAACGGCAAGUUUGAGCUACCGCCGAGGCCAGAUUUGCUGUAUCGGGAGCAGUCGGGGGACAAUGAUUAUUCGGAUUUGUUUGCGGAUAACGAGGGGGUUUUUGACAGGAGAUUGGGGGUUGUCAAGGAAGCUCCACAGCUGUUCCACCCCUCGGAUCUCACCAGUCCUCCACCGAGAUCGGCCACUCAACACCAGCAACCUCCCUUGGGGGCUAGCAUAAGGAGACCUAACUCCUCGAGACCGCCAGCAACGACGGGGUCGUCGUUACAGCCGCCUGAACCGCCUGUUCGAAGGACGAGAUCGCAAGUGGAGAUUACAAAGUUUGCCGAGGACGAGCAGGACGAGGAUUUCUCGGAUAUAUUUGGCGUUGUCCCGGGGACUGACAACGCGACGUCUUUCUUGAAGAACGAGGCGACGGCUGAAGAAAGUGAUAGGGGGAGUGAAGAUGGUCAGCAGCAGCAGCAGCAGCUGGUGCUGAGUAAGCUGUCGAAUAGCAGCUGGCUUGGGGACGACGACGGGGACGAGGACGAUCCGUUUGCCAUGAUGGAGGAGCCGGGGUGGAUGGACGAGAUGGAUUUGGCGGCGAAUAUUGCGAGAGAUCGACAUGCUAGGAUGGCGGAGAAGGUGGAGAGUUUGGUGAAGAGUUUGUCCAAGAUGAGGCAGGUGGAGGAUGAGGAGGUGUUGGGGGAGCUGGCCGAGGAUUUGCUGGCGUAUUUGUGGGAGGGGGGGGAGGAGGUGAAGGGGCUGAUCAUGGGGGCGCAUGGGCUGCUGCCGAUAUUGGAGAUUUUGGAGGGGUGUGGGGUUAAGAGUCGGGGGGGCAUGGUGUUGGGGUUGUUGAGGAUUGUUAAUGCGAUUAUCCUUGAUGAUGUGGAGUUGCAAGAGAACUUGUGCUUCGUCGGUGGGAUACCGAUCGUCACCAAGUUUGCCGCCAGACAGUACUCGAAUGAGAUUCGGCUCGAGGCUGCGGCGUUUGUGAGGCAGAUGUAUCAGACUUCUACCCUGACAUUGCAAAUGUUUGUCAGCGCGGGCGGGUUGAAUGUCUUGGUGGAGUUUCUGGAUGAGGACUAUGAGACGAGUCAGGAUCUGGUGCUGAUUGGGGUGAAUGGGAUAUGGAAUGUGUUUGAGCUGCAGGGGCCGACGCCGAAGAAUGAUUUCUGCCGGAUUUUCAGCAGGAGCAAGAUUUUGGAUCCGCUGGCGGCGAUAUUGCACAAGGUGCUGGACGAGGAGCGGGGGGAUGAGCUGAGCGAGUUGGUGGAGGGGAGGAUUGUGGGGAUUUUUUAUCUGUUCUCCCAGGCGGAGGCGUAUGUGAAGGAGGUUGUGGCUGAGAGGCAGGUUUUAAAGACGGUCCUCAAGGAUCUGAGACGGAUGACACCUGCUCAUCAGAUCACGAUGCUCAAGUUCAUCAAGAACAUGUCGCAGUGCUCAGCGGUUUUGGAUGCACUUCACUCGGCCGAUGCGAUUGAUUUCUUGAUCGAUGUGCUGAGUCUCUCGAUGAAGAAGGGACAGAAGCACUUCCGCGAGAUCUCGAACCAAGUCCUCAACACCAUGUUCAAUCUUUGUCGACUAAGCAAAGAACGCCAAGAAUAUGCCGCCAGCAAUGGGAUUAUUCCGCUACUCCUCAAAAUCAUGAAGACGGACCGCCCACCAAAGGAGUUUGUCCUGCCUAUUCUCUGCGAUAUGGCACAUUCCGGCAGCAAAGGGAGGAGGUAUCUCUGGCAGAAUCACGGAUUGGAGUUUUACGUUACCCUGCUGGCUGAUCAGUACUGGCAAGUCACUGCGCUGGAUGCGAUCCAUGUCUGGCUGCAGGAGGAGACGGCCAAGGUGGAGAGCCACUUGAUGGAUGGGAUGUUUAUGACGGCUAUUGUGAGCUGUUUUAACCCUGCCAAGGCGAAUGCUUUUGAUCCGAACCUUUUGGAGCCGUUGCUCAAAGUCUUGAGGCUGAGUCCUGCCGUGGCGGCGAGUCUGGCCAAGGCGGAGAUGUACGCCGGGAUUGCCCAGAAGCUGGGGCAUAAGAAGGCGGUGGUGAGGUUGAAUUUGCUGAGGCUGGUGAGGAAUAUUAUGGAUGGGUGCGAGGCGCAUAAUUUGAGUAUGUCGUCCAACAACUCGUCCAACACGGGGAAGCACUUGAGGGCGUUGUUUGAUGAUAUUCAGGGGUUGGCGGAUAAGGACCCGGCGGUGCUGGUUAGGAAUUUGGCUGGGGAGCUGGUGAGGGCUCACUUUGGCAAUGACCUGCAGCAUGAGGCGCUGGCGUUGAGUGGGUUGGGGUUGGGGAACAGUGUUCAGGGGUCGAUGGGGGGGUCGGUAGGAGGAGCGGGGGUGGGUGCGGGGAGGAGCAGGAGUGGGCCGAGGAGGAAUACCAGUUAUACGCCGCCUGGGGGCUUGCACUUGAGCGGUGGUGGUGGUGGGCCGCAUACACCGACGGGGCAUCGGGCUAGCCAGUCGAGCUCGAGUGCGGCGGCUUACAUCGAGGUUGCGAAUAGUACGCCGAAGAGGACGGCGGUGGGGUUGGCGCAGGAUAGGGAGGCGGCGUUGUUUCGGCCGAGGAGUAGAGAAGGGGCCGUGGUGGCGACGAGCAUACCUAGGAGGGUGAGCCAAGAUGCCACGGCGGCCGGGUUGGCGAUGAGUCCGUCUUCUGGGUCGGGGGUGAAGAGUCGGUUGCCGAGGACGAGCCAUUCGCAUUUUACACGGCCGAGCUUGUCGACUGCGGCGUCGAUGCCUAUUACCGCUACGAGGGCAGAGAGGAGUGAUUCUUCUCUUAGCAGUCGGGAGCACGUCAUGGGCCGGUUACGAUCUGGAUCGUCGAUCUCCAUCACGGGAGCGUCGCAGUACUCUGCCAGCCCGACAAGCUCUAGCUUUUUAUCAGCAGCGGGUUUCAAUCUUGUGAACCCGAGCAGUUCCAAUAGACCGAGCAGUAGCUCUGCCGCGUUUGGGCACCAAGCCAGAAGGGAUAGUCACUCCCAAAGCCGGAGUUAUUUUAGCCAGAGUGCCCGGCAAGACAGCAGCAGCAGUGAGAGGUUCAGCCAGUCUGCGAGGCAGGACGGUGCUGAUAGGUUAGGGGAGAGGCUGGAAAGGAUAGAGAGGGAGCGGGAUGCCAGUGGGGGGAGCGGAUCGACUAGUUUGUCUACUGGGAGCAGCGGGACGACGGCUACGACGGCCACGUCUGGACAGAGCGGGAAUAAAGUCAGGAGGGCGAGGGCGCCGAGUUCGAUUUCGAGGAUGGAGUCGGUUUCGGAUGUGAACCUGCCGGCUGGGGGACGGGAUGGGGGGGACAAUAAGGGGAGGUGGCCUUAGAAAGGUGACUCGCCGAUGAAGAAGAGGGUGUAUCAUGAGGUGGUGGAUGAUGGGAGGGCUGGAGGGAGCGGGCUGAGUCCGUCGCCUGCUAAGACUGCUGCUGGUGGUGGUGGUGGUUGUGCAGGUGGAAGAAGUCAACACCAGCUGUUGCAGCAGAGGCUGCAUCACCAGCAGUAUCUGUUGCAUCAGAGGCAGAGGGGGAGGAUCCCGGAUCCUGGGACGCCCGGGGUUGGUGUUGGUGGGAGUGGUGGGAGUAUGCUGCCGCCGGCACCACCCCCGUCACCUGUUACGCCUGAUACGGGGUCUGUGGUGGAGGGGGGAGGGGCCAGCACGGUUAUUAUCCAUCGGACGGGUGCUGCUCCUGGUGAUGGGGAGGAGGGGAUGGAGACGGUGGUGGUUCAUAGUCCUGUUGCUGCUGCUGCUCCUGCUCCUGCUCCGGUCUUAACUCCUGUAACGGCACCAACUCCUGCUAUUAGGCCCGCGCAUGUUUCUCUGGAGCCAGCUACUCCCUCACGACCUACCAGUCCUACUCGACCCACCAUUCCUGCUCCUAUCCCAGCAACCCCUAGCCCAGCUACUCCCGCCACGCCAGCCAGCGCGGGAAGGUAUACGUCACGAAUCAGCGCCAUGCUGAGUAGUAGUCCACAAAGGGAACACCGACAGGGAGUCUUGGGCCUGUUGCAGUUACAAGAACGACCCAGGAGGGGAAUGCGGGUUGCCGGAUUGAAGGCGGUGUCUGAAGCUAGGGAGAACAUCCUGCCUGGUAUGAAUGAGUAAAGGGGAAGGAUAACGGUGGUGGGGCA